AUGGAUUCAAAUACACCUCCAGUCUCAUCUAGCCCUGCACAUCCUCCUUUGUGCUUAAAUAAUUGUGGUUUUUAUGGGAAUCCAACAACAAAUAACCUCUGUAGCAAAUGUUAUAAAGAUAGUAUUUCAAGAAAUAGUGCCAAUAAUCAAAGCUCAGUUAGUAAUUCUCAGAAUAGUGAUUCGGCAACUACCACAAAAGAUGAUGAUUGCAGCUUUUCUGAUUCUUUAAAGGAACUUAAUCAGGAAUCAAACAGUCCUACAGCCAUUGAUCAGAGCAAUACCUGCAUAGAUACAAAAAAGGUGAGUGAAUCGGAGGAUUUAAACGCAACAUCUGUAUCUUCCUCAGCUUCUCCAUCUUCGCCUUCUGAGAAGCCUUCAGUCCCUGGAAGAUGUUAUCACUGUAAUAAAAAAGUCGGAAUUUAUGGAUUUAGCUGCAGAUGUGGUUUUAAUUUCUGCAGUACUCAUAGAUAUGCAGAUGCUCAUGAUUGUACUUUUGAUUAUAAAACAUUCGAAAGAGAGCAACUAAGAAAGACAAACAAAGCAGUUGUUGCUGACAAAAUUCAAAGAAUUUGA